GGCACAUGCUUCCAUUAUUUGCCAGAAGCCCUUCGCCAGGCUUUGACCUGCCCUCAUGUAAGAUGGCCACCCGGGAUGGGAGGGGUACUAGGAAGUAGUGACAAAUCGAUCGCCACACUCCUCGUUCGCGGUUGCCGAGGUGACGCGUUUACCCGGAAGGGCCGCGUGCCGAGCCGGCUUUCGCUGCCAGGGCCACGCGGUCCCGCGGCUGGGAGUCCCUGGAGCCGCAGGUCCUGUCAGCUGAGAGGCAGGCAGGUCCUGGCAGGGGAGACGCGAAGGUAGCUCGAGAUGGAGUCGCCAGCGGCAGGGGCCGGUCCUGGGGCGGCUGGACAGCUCGUAGCCGGGGAUCCGGGGCCAGCAUCUCGCGGGGCCCUGGGCGCCGCCAGGUGGAAGCUGCUCCGGCAGGUUCUGAAGCAGAAACACUUGGAUGAUCACCUACGACAAGUAUCUGUAAGAAGAUUUGAAUCCUUUAAACUGUUUUCAGUAACAGAAAUAAAAAAGGGGGAAACAGAAGAUGAAGCAGGUGCCUGGGUUCAGUAUACAAGUGUGUUUUAUCCUGAAUACAGUAUUUUUUUAAGGAAUAACCAAGGGCCUAUAAAUGUUGAAGAUAUUUUUACCAGCUUUGACAACACAGGGAAUGUCUGUAUCUGGCCUUCUGAAGAGGUUCUGGCCUACUACUGCCUCAAGCACAAUCAGAUGUUCAGGGACCUUGCUGUGUGUGAGCUAGGGGGUGGCAUGACAUGCUUGGCUGGGCUCAUGGUUGCUAUUUCUGCAGAUGUCAAAGAAGUUCUGUUAACUGAUGGGAAUGAAAAGGCCAUCAAAAAUGUGAAUGACAUCAUCACAAGGAACCAGAAGGAAGGUGUGUUUAAGACUCAAGCAAUAUCAAGCUGCGUUUUACGAUGGGAUAAUGAGACAGAUGUCUCUCAACUGGAAGGACAUUUUGACAUUGUUAUGUGUGCUGACUGCCUGUUUCUGGACCAGUACAGAGCUAGCCUUGUUGAUGCAAUAAAGAGAUUACUCCAGCCCAGUGGGAAAGCAAUGGUAUUUGCCCCACUCCGAGGGACUACUUUAAACCAGUUUUGCAAUCUAGCUGAAAAAGCUGGUUUCUCUCUCCAAAGACAUGAAAAUUAUGAUGAACACAUUUCAAACUUCCACUCCAAGUUGAAAAAUGAAGAAUGGGAUACAUAUGAAGAAAACCUUCACUACCCACUUCUACUAGUUUUAACCAAACAUGGAUAAAAGUCUAAACAACUCAGAAAAGGAAAACAUCAAUAUAUAUAUGUAUAUAUAUAUAUAUGUAUACAGUCAUAUAUAUUUUUUGUAAAAAUAUGAACAUGUAAUUGGUAAGAUAACAGAGAAAAGGGGUUUUUUGACGCAUUGAUACUGGAAAGUCCUGAGAUUUCUGCCUCGUGUCACCUCCAGAAUAUUGUAGGAUUUUGAGUUUCAGAUUUUACCUUUUUUUAAAAAAAAAAAAAAACAGUGAUUCUUGAGCUUUCCAAAGCUGGGCUUUCCUUGUCCUCCCAGCUGACUUCAUGCUCUUCCUGAACCAAACUGUCUUGUUUGCCUGUGAAAACUCACAUACACUUGUGGCAAACUCAAAUGCUUUUGUGAUUAAUUGGGAACAAAAUCCUUUUUAGUUAGAGUUUUUAUAGAGGCUUUCUUGUUUGGGGGGAGAUUUCUAAAUAAGACACAUUUCAUGAUUCCUCUUCCCCCCACAAAAAACCAUUUCUUUGGAACCUCCCCCAAAUUCAUUCUCUCU